GUACUGUUUAAUUAAGCCAAAUCUCAGACAUGUACAUGUUGUCAUAGCAAAGUAUAGUAAUUAUAUUAAUUACUAGGUAUAAUUUUUGAAUUCCUUAAAUGUUAAAAUGCUAGUAGUUGCCAUUGUAAAGUAGUGGUCACUGAUGAAUGUAGGUAAAUUAUGAGAAUGAAAGAGGAUGAGAGCAUGAGGAGUAAACUCAGCAAGCUGAAGUACCUGCUCUGUCUAGACUGGAACCAGGAAAAAGAUGAGGAUGCAUGGGAUAUUUUAGAGCCAUGGUUUACUAUAUUAACAGCCUAAGUGAAAAUAUUUCUUAAUUAUUCUGCUCAAGGGUCCAACUACAAUAUAUAUAUAUUUUCAAUCCAUAUGUUAAAAUACCAUAUGUAAAUACUCAUCCAAACAUUACUGUGUCACUGCUUUUUUUGUGUCUUUGAAUUUCAUCUUGCAAUUAAAUGCAUAGUCAACAGCCCAUUGGACCUCUGUUAGAGACUACUGAACACCACGAACAAAUAUAGAGGGCUACAAAGCCUCUUAGGACAGAGCCCGCUUAUGAUUCCCUUUCCGUGCACGGCAUCCUUGAAUAGACCACACAAAGAUCCUUAAGCCAAAAUCCCUCCCUGGUAUUUAAUUCUAAAUGAGUAAUUACUGGGUGUGUCAGUGUGUCUUAGGUUUGCAGGUAGGCUGGGUGAAGGAGCUCAUUUGCACACUGGCUUCGGAGCGAAUUGCACUCUCACACAGACACACACAUUCUGAGAGACGCUGCACUGGUUAUAAGAGGGUAUCCGUGGGGAGCCACUGAAGAACCCAGUCACUUAGGGGGGACAGAUCACAUACAGCCGGCAAGAUGUGUGACAUGGGGGGACUGGAUAACCUGGUGGCCAACACGGCCUACCUAAAAGCUCAGGGUGGGGAUGACAAGGAGAUGAAAAAGCGCCGUCGCAGCUUGUCUCUUCCCAAGCCUGAGCAAUGUAAUACAGCACGAGCUUCCCUUGACAAGGACUUUACAUCAAUUUGUGAAAGGCAGCCUAUUGGCAAAAAGUUUUUCCGUGACUUCCUGGCAAAUACCAGCGAAUUUAAGCUUGCUGCUGAUUUCCUGGAUGAGCUGUAUGACUGGGAUCUGGCUGAAGGUGCAACAAAAGACAAGGCACGCCAAAACAUCCUCAACAAGUAUUGUAAGGCUGACUCCAAGACCUUCCUGUCGUUUCUUACCGGGGAGCCUGCUGAGAAGUGCAAGUCUGUGACAGAUGCCAACUUUGAGGAGGUGAUGAAAAGCAAAGUCCAGGAAGGUGUAAGAGAUUUUCUGAAAGGCAAACCCUUCACAGAUUACCAGGCCAGCCCAUUCUUUGAUAAAUUCCUCCAGUGGAAAGAGUAUGAGAAACAGCCCAUCAGUGACAAAUACUUCUAUGAGUUUAGAACUCUGGGAAAAGGAGGCUUCGGAGAGGUAUGUGCUGUUCAGGUGAAGAACACAGGCCAGAUGUAUGCCUGCAAGAAGUUGUGUAAAAAGCGAUUGAAGAAGAAGGGUGGUGAGAAGAUGGCCCUGUUGGAGAAGCAGAUCUUGGAGAAGGUUAACAGCCUGUUUCUGGUCAACUUGGCCUACGCUUAUGACACCAAGACCCACCUGUGCCUUGUCAUGACCUUGAUGAAUGGAGGAGACCUCAAGUACCACAUUUACAACAUAGGUUAUGAUGGCAAAGGUGUGGAUAAGGGCAUUGAGAUGAAGCGCAUAAUCCAUUACACAGCGCAGAUCACCACCGGCAUUCUGCAUCUGCACGCCAUGGAUAUCGUAUACCGUGAUAUGAAGCCGGAGAAUGUUUUGCUGGAUAGCCAAGGCCAGUGCCGACUUUCAGAUUUGGGUCUGGCCAUAGAGCUUGUUGCAGGGAAGACUGUUACCCAGAUGGCUGGUACUGGAGCAUACAUGGCCCCUGAGAUCCUGUCCAAAACGCCAUACAGGACAUCAGUGGACUGGUGGGCCCUUGGCUGCAGUAUCUAUGAGAUGGUGGCUGGCUACACACCUUUCAAAGGCCCUGAGGCCAAGAAGGAGAAGGUGGAGAAGGAGGAGGUGCAGCGUCGCAUUCUCAACGAGGAGCCUAAGUGGGAGCACAAAUGCUUUGAUGCUCCCACCAAGGACAUCAUCCAACAAUUCCUCAAGAAGAAAAUUGAGGAGCGCCUUGGCAUGAAGAACGACAUGGAUGAUCCCCGGAAGCAUGAGUGGUUCAAGGCCAUCAACUUCCCUCGUCUGGAGGCCGGGCUGGUUGAUCCUCCUUGGGUGCCGAAGCCCAAUGUUGUCUACGCCAAGGACACCGGAGAUAUUGCUGAAUUCUCUGAGAUCAAGGGCAUCGAGUUUGACGCCAAGGACGACAAAUUCUUCAAGGAGUUUAGCUCUGGCGCUGUCCCCAUCCAGUGGCAGCAGGAGAUGAUUGACACUGGACUGUUUGACGAGCUGAAUGAUCCCAACAGGAAAGAAGGUGGAGGAGAUCCUGAUGACGAAAAGAAGUCCGGCACAUGUAUAUUGCUGUGAGCAGCCACAUAUUUGAUAUCACAUACCAGUAAUAACACUCAAUAAUUUGUUUGUUUACUCAGUCAGAUUCACACUAAUAUUGAUGUUACAGAUGGAUUAUGUUUCGUGACAAAGGUGAGCACAAGCACCUUUGUUCAGAAAGAAUAACCAUCCCUGUCUUGAAAGGUUGCACAUGGUUUAGAGAUCUUCUGCUUUCAGGGCAAGGUUCAGUAAAAUAUGGAAGAUGUGAUGAUGUAUUUUGAGCAUCAUCUCUCUGGCUCACAGCUUGCAGAUAUACGUACCUAAUGAUGUAGAAACAAUUUUUUGACUAUAAAUGACUAAGAGUAAUUUUUACAACCUCUUUAUUAAAGAUACUAGCAUUAGAAAAGUAUUUGUGCCAGAAAAACUGUAUUACUUCAUGAAGAAACUGUCUAAACAAACAGUAUUUGCAGUAGAAUUAUCUGCUGGAGCAAUGCUGUUGCAUUCAGCAUUAAAAGUUAAACAAAUUGGAAGGAACAAGUCGUCUCAACCAUGACAUUGUUCAGUUUGCGUAUCUUCUAGUUAAUGGUUCAAAGGUUACAGCAUUUUAUAGCUCUCCUGCACCCUCUAAUGCCCUUUAUUGAUGCCAUCAUAGGGUCACACUGUUUCUAUAAUGAAAAGUGCUUUUUAACCACAUGUUGCAGAGAUGGUCGUAUAGUGUUUAAUAUAAUACGCUGUGAUCCUAAACCUCAGGCUGAUCACUGCAUUUACAUCCAGGUGGUUUUCUUUCUGCCCAACAUUUUACUUUUCUAAAAACUUUAGAAAGCAUCUAUUUAAUCUGUAUGUAUUGUAUAUAAUAAAUAUAUCUAUAUCUAUGCAAAGAAAGAAAGGGAAAGAUGUAAGUAAUUUCAAAUUUAGGAUUUGUUUAAAAGAAAAUUAAGAAUACUGAACACCUCUUCACUAAGUCCCUCUACAAUUGGUGCUAUGAGGCUCAAUUUAGUAAGAAAUGGAGACUCUUUUAGCCCUGGGAUGCUGGGACAGAGGUGAGUGCAGAAACAGCAGUUCACUGCUACAUGUGGAGGAGGAGAAUUUAGAGGAGUUGGGCAUUAAAUUCCUGUACCAGGAAUGUACAGGUUGCCCUGUCCACAGCCCUGAAACACUGUGAUACUUCAGGGCUCUUUUCUUAGUUUGAGAUGAGUGUGAAUAACUCAAACUAGCCAGAUCCUGAAAAAAGAUUCCACUGCUGUGGUUGUUGAGAUGAGUAUAGAGACUUGGGUUAGUUCAAAAUAAGUUCCUUGUUAUUCUUGUUUGUCUCAGGGUAAUUACUUGCUUAAGUUUUUAAAUGUCCAGAUCUUGGGCCAAGUUGAGUUUUUACAGUUAAUGUUAAUAUGAUAUAAAUAUAUAUGAUACAUGUACUUGUAAAUAUACCAUGAGAGGAAUUGCCACUGUAGAAAUGUCAGAUGUAAAGCAGAAAUUUCCUUGAAUCUUGAAUCAUUUGAUUAAAUGAAAAUAUGUCUU